CAGAUUCGCUCGUGUUCCCGUACGGUGAGCACGUGUGUCGCACGAGAUUAAGUUUCGAUUGCAUUAUUGUGAAUUUUUUUAUUCGUAAUCAUGCCGCCUAAGACUAGCGGAAAGGCCGCCAAGAAAUCGGGCAAAGCUCAGAAGAACAUCUCCAAGUCCGACAAGAAGAAGAAGAAGCAUAAGAGGAAGGAGAGCUACGCCAUCUACAUUUACAAAGUACUGAAACAGGUACAUCCCGACACCGGUAUCUCGAGUAAGGCCAUGUCGAUCAUGAACUCUUUCGUGAACGAUAUCUUCGAGCGCAUCGCCGCCGAGGCUUCUCGUCUCGCUCACUACAACAAGCGAUCGACGAUCACCUCGAGGGAGGUGCAGACUUCGGUGAGGCUUCUUCUGCCCGGCGAGCUCGCCAAGCACGCCGUGAGCGAAGGUACUAAGGCCGUAACGAAGUACACGAGCUCCAAGUAAACGAAUCCGUAGUAGGACUACGCUACGAUUUAUGAAGGAGAUAAUAACAAAAAGGCCCUUUUCAGGGCCACAAAGAGUUUCGAUAAACAAUAAAUAGAGUUUCAAGCGAUUUAGCCGUCUCGACACCACCGUAUUAUUAUUAUUAUUAUUAUUAUUAUCAUCAAUAACAAUAAUACUACAUGUUAAUUU